AGUGUGUGGGAGUCGGUUGGUUGGACUCCAUUCCAAGCUCGCCCAUUCAUUAGCUUGUUAGUCAGAAGCCACUCUCAGUUCCAGUAUCACGUGUGUUCUGUUUUGCGGCAUAACAAUCUUCGCAAUGCGCGACAGCAUACGAGGCCAGUUGGCCCAAGAUGGGUACGUGGUGCUGGAAAACUUCCUCACCCCCGAGGAGUGUGACGAGAUGGUACAAGCUGGCCUGGAGCUGACCAAGAACCUGCCCAGCGCGGAACAACGUGCCGUCUUCUCUACCAAAGAGGGUUCUAAACAGCAACUGAAAGACAAAUAUUUCUUGGAGAGCAACGAUAAAAUCAGCUACUUCUUCGAGGCAGAAGCGGUCGGCGACGACGGCGAACUAAAAGUGGACCCUAGCGUCUCACUCAAUAAGGUGGGGCACGCGCUGCACCUCCUCCACCCAAUCUUCAGAUGCUACACAUACUGCUCCCGAGUGAAGACUGUAUGCAAAGAGCUGGGUUUCAAGGAACCUGCCGUCGUCCAGAGCAUGUACAUUUACAAAAACCCAUUAAUCGGAGGCGAAGUAAUACCUCACCAAGACGCAACAUAUCUGUACACAACGCCGAUCCCGCCCGUAGGAUUCUGGAUAGCACUUGAAGACGCGACGGUCCAAAACGGCUGCCUGUGGAUGGCGCCUGGUUCCCACAAGUCUGGGGUCCAUCGGCGACUCAAGCGCAACCCGGACAAGGAGGCUAACGAAGCCCUUAUCUACGACUGCCCUGCCUCCGUCUACCCCCAGUCGAGCUUCACACCAGUUCCUGUUAAUAAAGGGACAUGUAUCCUUAUCCACGGCAACGUGGUUCACAAGAGCGCUACCAACAAGUCUGACAAGAGCAGACACGUUUAUACCUUCCACAUCGUGGAGAAGAUGGACAACACAUAUUCUCCAGACAACUGGCUACAAGAGGGCGAGAACGCGCCUUUCCUCAACAUCUAUACCACGAAACAGAUGUAAUAUAAGCGGUAAUUACAUUACACAAUUUACCCAGACCGAUGCGUCAAGGUCACAUCGAGAUUGGGAAAAUCGACGCCAUUACUCGAGGUCGUGGUUACCACGGUUACUCCCCACCAACUUGCUCGAGAUCGUGGUUACCAUGGUCACGCCCUACCAAUUUGCUAUGAGUCUACACGAUCCUGAUCAGCGAGCCCGAAACCUUGACGCAUUGGUCGGGAUGGAUUGCCAAGUGUAAUUAGCGCUUUAGGCGCUUGGCCUGGCCGAGUUGGGGAAUGUAAUUAGCGCUGUACUGAUAUUUACCCCUUAGAACGUAAUAUGAUGAGAGUAACAUCUCCCAUCUCUUUAGAACUUUGCUAUAAACCUUUAGUGCGAAAGAGAUAUCUUACGUCUCUUUCGCGCUAGGCAAUGUACAAUAUCUCUUGACCUGCUAUGAUUCUAAUUCACGUUGCAUUAUAAUAUGUAGGUAAGUGUAAAUCUUAAAACACAGACAUAUUCAGUCUGCGGUCCAUUAAGAUUCGCCCAGAAACAUUAUCUAUACUUAUAAUAAUAGAUAAUAUAUAUAUAAAUAGGCUGGCUAAUCUGAAAAUAAUAAGUAAUAUGAUAUGAUAUAAAAUGAAUAUUGCUGACGACAUUUUUGCGAGGUUUGAGGACAAGUUUCAAUCUGUCAAAAUGAGUUAAUACGAUAUGGUUCUAAGUUUGUAGAUACAUCAUUUUAGUCAUAUUUAAGUAGCUAAAACCAACGGAAUGCACAUUUAUGUUGUAUCGAAAACGUUGUUGCUUUACAAGAGGAUUUAGUCCGUACUUCCAUUGGAAAUGUCUGAGUAAACUCUGAGCACUCUAAGCCGGUUUAUUCAUUAUUCUACGGUCGGAUAAACUCAUGUAGAACCAGUCUAACACAAGUAUUAUUCUAAGAUGCUAACCUGAAGUUUGCUCCACUCAACUCAACCUCAGCUAAUCAUUUUGGUAUUUCAUGUUGACAUCACCGGCCUCCGUGGUCCAGUGGUUUAAACAUUCGGUUAACGAUCCGGAGGUUCACGGUUUAAAACCGGAGGGGGUAUGGAGCAUAUUCCACCACGCUGCUCCACUGCGGGUUGGUGGAGGUAUUUUUACGGCUAAUAGCCGGGACCCACGGCUUAACGUGCCCUCCGAAGCUCGGAAUCAACUUAUUUUUUCAGACAAUCAGGUGAUUCAAGCCUGUAAAGUCCUUACAAAACAAAGGACAGUCUCACAAAGUGAUUUCGACAAUGUCCCAAUCGAGAAUCGAACCCGGACCCCCAGAUCGUGAGCCAAACGCUCUAACCACUAGACCACUGUUUGUGAGUUUUAUACAGUUAAAUUAAAUAAAUAUCUAACACCGAAAGGAAGCUGUUUAGUUACAGAAAGGAAUUAUUAUUGCUGAUACUUUUAUAUUUAGAAGGUUUAUGUUAAGCUUAAUGACUACAGGAAACCCGAAUAGAAUUUAGUGAUCGCAUAGUCAUUGGGUUACCUUAUAGCAAGAGCCAAGAUUCAUUAAAAAAAAUAUAGAUGGCGUUAUGUACAGGUUUAACGUGAUAAUUACCUAUUUGGGGCCGUCCAUUAAUCAUGUGAGGCUCGAGAGAGGGGGAGGAGGGGUCCAUGAAAAAAACACGAAAUAUCAUAAGGAGGGGUGUAGAAAUAUUUUUUUUUGUUUUUUAAUUAUUGAAUACAACGAAAAAUUAACAAAAAAGAAUAAAAUAACACCGCUAAACCCCUCACGGGUUUGUCUCGGCGCUAUAAUCCGCUUACAAUUACUUAGUGCAAUAACAUAUAAAAAAUAAUAAUAAAAUAAAUAGAAAAAAUAUUAUUAAAAACAAAAAAGACCGAAACGGUACUUAUAAUAAUAAAUAAAUAUUAACAUCGGAGCUCCUGCUACCUAUAUGGCUUCUCUUUAUUUUGAUCGGAAUAAUAUUGGGUGGAAGAUGUGUUUUGCUUGGUUGUAAUAACAAGGGUCAUCAUAAAUACACUUAAAAUUAGAAGAUUAAACGAAGGUAACUCUAUAUAUCGCGAGUAUUUAUUUUAAUCAGCAAACGCGCGGUACUGAACCGAAAAGCGGCGUUUCGUGCAAUUAUUUUGGUAGGUACUAAAAAUACACGUGAUAUAGGAUGGGGGGGAUAGUCUUGAACCUCACCAUGUAUCACCAGGGGGGGGGGGUGUUAAAAUGCCAAAAAAAACAUCACAUGAUUAAUGGACGGCCCCUUUUCUCAUUGCUCAGAUACAUAAUUAUUCAAAGAUAUAAUGGCGGAGCCCUAUAAAAAUAGUUAUUGCUCGAUAUAAUGUAUAUAUAUGUCAUCCGUGUCUGUGGUGUCCUAAAUAAUAAAUGUUUCUUUUUUUCUUUCUUUCUUUCUUUCUAUAUUUGCUACCUAUAUGGCUUCUCUUUAUUUUGAUCGAAAUAAUAUCGGGUGGAAGGUGUGUUGUGCUUGGGUGUAAUAACAAGGCUCAACAUAAAUAGACAUGAAAUUAGAAGAUUAAACGAAGGUAACUCUAUACAGCGCCAUCUAUACUAUUUUUAUGCAGCGUAGCCUGGAAAGUCCCUCAUUGAAAUAGUGUUAUAUGAAAUUGUUUUCAUUGGGCUUAGAGCUGCCCUAAAAAGCUAUCGCUUAAACGAUUACAGCUUAGCCAGGCCUUCUACUAUUAAUUAACUGACAUUAAUAGAUAAGAUAGACUCAUAAUUGGCUAGUUUCCAACUAGUCAAAUCAGUUACUUUUUACUAAACGUCAAAACACGAAAUUGCUAUGUAUUUUGUAUGAAAAAGCAGCCUGUGACUGAGUGUGUGUUAAAUAGAAAAAGAAAACAUUUUUUGCCAUCGUUUGACCUGUCUUUAUUUAGUAAUCAGAAUUACAUAAUUUAUCUUUAACCUAGGAAACUACUCAAUUAUGUGCACAUAAGAAUGUGAUUAUUCGCAAUAUUGCGGUGUUAUUGUGAUAAUUUCUUUGAAUAAAGAUUUUUGUGACAAA